AUGUCCAUAAAUUGGGUCAUGCUCAACGAGAGCGGCUUCGUCAAGCUCGCAAACGAACGCAUCCUCCUCAAACUCGACUCCAGAAUCUCAUGCGACCUCUCCGUCCCUCAGGAGCUGCGGGCCACCGGCGCGCAAUUCCAUCGCAAAAGUGACAAGGGCACCUUGUUCCUGACAAACAAAAGAAUUGUCUACCUGCCGACCAAAGCAACGCAAGAACCAAAAUUCGAGUCUUUCAGCGCCCCCAUCCUCAAAUUCCAAGAUUCAUCAACAUCCUCGUCAAUGUGGUGGGGUUGGGUAUGGAAAUCAGACUGCAUUCCGGUCUCCGGUGGCGGGAUACCACCAGACCUACCCCGAGUCGAAGUCAAAUUUACCUUUUCCGACGGUGGCAUGAUGGAGUUUAACGACGCCUAUAUCCGGCUACGCGAGAGACUUUUCCAAUUCCAAGAGAUGCGCCGAGAAAUGGGGCCCGGCGCAGACAUCCCGGACGAACCCUUGCCCGCAUAUGAAGCUGCUGGCUCUGCUCAGCAAUCAACUGCCGGCACGUUAGGCGUCCCCGGUCCCGGCCACACUCGAUCAGAAAGCUCAUCAAGCCUCCGCGCACCCGACGGGCCCCCUCCCGACUAUAACGAGGCGCAGGCUCAACAGCUUAGCAACCGACUGGAGGAUCACAUUCGAGACGGAGUCAAUAGAGGAGAAAACGAUCUGUAA